AUGGCCACUGUGCGGACGGCGCAGGACCGGGCGGUGCUUUGUUCUGUUGUCCGUCAGGUUGCUAUGGUCAGAACGGACCCUACAGCACCUGAUGACAACCGGGAAGCUCACACGGUGGAGGUGGUAACAGGGAGCACCCACCUGCACGGGCAGGCCCGCUGUCAGCAGCCCCUGCUUGACAGAGCACACGUCACCACCCUGCUGCCCCUGUGCAUCCACGGGCCCUGGAUCUCCACUGGCUGCGAGGUUCGCCCUGGCGCUAUGAACCGCCUCUUCCGCGCCUACCAGUUCCACUGCGAUGCGGCCUGCCGGCAGCCCGCACACCCACUGCUGAUCAAGGGCAAGGUGAGGCUACGCCGGGCCUCCUGGGUCACGCGGGGCGCCACGGAGGCCGACUACCAGCUGCACAAGGUGGGCACCAUCUUCCACAGCCGCGGCGCGCUGCUUGCCAUGGCUGGGCGCCGAGGCCGAAGCGCGGCCCGGCGGCACUGCGCCCGCAGGCUGCCCCUGGCCAAGACCUGGCGGCCAGGGACUGUGCACGAGCUGCUGGGCGCCCGGGCCGGGCCGGACGGCGCCGCCGCGCUGGGCUUCACCAUGCACGAGCUCAGCGUGGUCCGAGCGCAGCGCCGCCUGCACCCGCACCACGUGAACGAGCUCUACCGCGGGGACGUCCACACCCCCGCCGAGCGGCUGCACUACCGCGUGCCCACCGGCUUCCAGCGCCGGCUGCAGAGCGCCCUGCACCACGCUCACCCCUGCCUGGCCUGUGGCCUGGUGGCCCGGGCUGACGAGCACCACCCUCCCAUCCUGCCUUUGCAGCAGGCCACAGCUCUACAUCUUCAGGGCCGCUGGGUCAGCUCUAGCUGCGAGACCCGGCCCGCGGUGCUGUUUCUCACCAGGCUCUUCACGUUCCACAGGUGCAACCGCUCCUGGCAAUACCACCACUUCUCAGACCCCGACUGCCGGCAGCCCAACUUUACCAUCUAUGCCGCUGGCCACUACACCAAGGGCAUGCCAUCUGCCCAGGUCCGAGGCAGCACUGAGCUGGUAUUCAAGGUCACACGGGCCCAUGUGAUGCCCAUGGACCUGGUCACCACGGCCAUCUGCGGGGGGCCAGGAGCCUGGUCCGUGGGAACCGAGUGGGACAUCACAACCACCAACAGGUGCUUGCCACUGGGCAUCAGGCUCCCCCACGUGGAGUAUGAGCUCUUCGAGAUGGAGCAAGACGCCCACGGUCAACACCUACUCUUCGGGCAGCGGCCCACUGACGGGUUGAGUCCUGACACCCCUGAGAAGCGCCCCACAUCUUUCCAAAGCCCCCUGGUCCUGUGA